CGCCAUCAAGCAUCAGCCGCUCGCAUGCGCGCUAUUGCAAAUCACAGGCUCUGCCCCUGGUACCGUGAUCUGAACGGCGCUAUUUGAUGGUCUUCAAACACACAGCAUCGACCCUCUCUCCCUCCCUCCACCACUCACGAUGGGCCAGCAGUACGAGGAUGAGGACCCUCUCACGCGCGCGAUCGCGCCCCCACCGAAUGAGACCCCUCAGGAGCGCCGCGCACGCGAGGCCGCGGAGGCAGAAGCGCGCCGCAUUAGUGACAUGAUUGACGACGAGAUCAGGCAGGAGCGGGAGGCAGAGAAGCGCAAGAAGAAGGCGGUAAAGCUGCUCCUCCUCGGCCAGAGCGAGUCCGGAAAGACCGCGACGCUGAAAAACUUCCAGCUGCAGUAUUCACGCCGACAAUGGCUCGAGGACCGCGAUGCAUGGCGCUCUGUCAUUCACUUGAACCUCGUCCGGAAUGUCAACAGUAUACUGGACAUGUUGGCGAAGGAGAUCGCUGCCGCCACCCGGCCCGAUUCCCCCAGCGAUGACAGUGACCCACCUCGACGCCGGCAUUCGCGCCAGCCGUCUCGACCAUCAAUCCCCUUCACCGACACGCACCGCGCGCUACGUACCCGCCUUGCGCCGCUCAAGCGGGUACAGAAGGACUUAGAGCGCCGCCUCGGGGACCAGUCCAAGGAGAUGUACACCACGGACGUACACACCGCGGCGCCCUUCGACGACAUGGCCGCCGCUGGCUCUCCCGCACCGCGAGGCGUCUUGCAAGAGUUCUCCAUCAACUCAACCAACGGCUGGAAGUCUGCGCUGGAUCGCUUCCGCCGCGGGGGCGUACCAGACGCUCGUGCUGAUGCGGCGAUGAAGCUGCAGAAGCAAGUCGACGCGCAGAUACUGGACACGAUCGCAUCGUGCCGGGACGACAUGCGGGCGCUAUGGAAUGACCCAGCGGUGCGCGCCAUGCUCGAUCGGCGACGGUCGCGGAUAGAAGAUGGCCCGGGGUUCUUCCUCAACGACUCGGACAGGAUCGCAGCUCGCGGGUACGACCCCACCGAUGCCGACAUCGUGCGCGCCCGCUUGCGGACGGUUGGCGUUCAGGAGCACAAGUUCAUGUUUGAAGUCGGACGCACGGCCGGGCAGGAAUGGCGCUUCUUCGACGUAGGCGGCACCAGGAGCAGCCGCGCCGCCUGGUACCCGUAUUUUGAUGAUGUCGAUGCCAUCAUCUUCCUUGCACCAAUCUCCUGUUUCGACGAGAAACUGGCCGAAGACCGAAGGGUGAACCGGCUGGAAGAUAGUUAUCUCCUGUGGAGAUCGGUUGUCUCAUGCAAGUUGCUUGCACGGACGCAGAUCAUUUUGUUCCUCAACAAGUGCGAUCUACUCCAGACCAAGCUGAAUCGCGGCGUCAAAAUUCGCGAUUCGGUACCCAGCUUUGGCGAGCGGCCAAACAAUCUGGCGACCGCGACGAAGUACUUCCAGCAGCACUUCAAGGAGAUCCUGCGCCAGCACUCUCCCGUGCAGCGGCCCUUCUACGUGUACCUCACCUCCGUGAUUGACACGAAGGCGACGGCGGCAACGCUUGGCGCUGUCGAGGAAUCUAUUCUGCGCAAUCAUCUACGCCGCGCAGACCUCAUGUAAGUGAGGCAUCUCCCCUUACACGCUCCGGCAGGCUUACUGAGCAACCCUGCAGCUAAUGAGCGCACCUUCGCUCGUAAACGUGUCUCGUUCGCUCUCGCGCCACCACCGUCCAUUGCUGCCACUGUAUAAUUGUAUCAUACGUACGCUCCAUCUGGCACGUUCCGUCCUCCUAUCCAUAUUGCCCUCACCCUCCCCUUUGGCUCACCGACCUACUUUAUGCACGUCCGCUUUUCCGCCCCUACGCAGCGGACGUCUCUCGCGACCGGCUCUCCUUACCACUGAGGCUAUCCUUACCACUGGACCUAACUUAUUAUCUCUGCUUACUCUGCUGU